GCCGCCUGUUCACGUCUUUGUACUGUACAUCAGUGUGCCCUUUAAUUGAAGAUCUUUGGACAGGUAGCAAGUCAAUCAGCCCUAGCAGAGACUUGUCCUUUCGCAGCUUUAUCAUGGCCAGUGGGGACAAUACAAGUUUUCCUGUCCAACAGCUUUUUGCGGAAGGAUGGUGGUGCGGAGGAAUGUACACGAUGAUGCAGUACGACAAAACAUGGUGGUUGACCCAGCAUGUCCGACCUCAAGGUAGAAAACAUGCUCUCCACAGCACCGCCUGUUUUGGCAAGUCAAUCCCGCCUUCGAGUAAGCUGCGUGUUGCAUGCGUCGUUCGGUACGAAGAGAGCGAAAAUCUAGACUGUUCAGCCCGGCUUUCAGAGUCUGCUGCUCAACACUGUGAUGGACAUGACACGAUGGCGGUACCGAAGUCGGCGAGGCACUGAAUGAAUUUUUCUUGUGCAGGCAAAUCCUUGACCUGAAGACGCUGGUUGGCGUGCUCUCAAGCAGCUUUAUCGGCGUGACCCGCUAUCACAGUGGCGGGCGGAACGAGUGCGCCGAACAAAGAAUUAGAUAUUACUGCCCACGUGGGCUUGCAAGUUGUUUGAGCCGCAAAAAUGGCCGUCAUCACAAAUAUCGAGUAUUUUCGAGUUCCCCCUCGCUGGCUUUUUGUCAAAAUUACAGAUGCGGAUGGGAACUCAGGCUGGGGAGAGGCAACAUUAGAAGGUCAUACAAAUGCGGUUGAAGGUGCCUUGGAUGCUUUCAAGGUGCAAUUCGUUGGAUUCAAUGCCGAUGACAUUGAGCGCAUUUGGCAACAUGGUUACCGACGUGGAUUCUAUCGAGGUGGUCCGGUGCUGAUGAGUGCGCUAUCUGGAAUCGAUAUCGCUCUCUGGGAUUUGAAAGCGCGUAAAUUAAAUGUACCCAUCUACGAGCUUCUGGGAGGAAAGGUUAGGGACAAGCUGAGGGUGUAUUCCUGGAUCGGUGGUGACAGACCUUCAGAUGUUGAAGAGGCGGGUAAAAUGCGUGUCGCCCAAGGCUUCACGGCGAUCAAAAUGAACGCUACAGAAGAUGUCUCGUGGCUUGCUUCUCCUAAAGUCUUGGACAGCACCGUUGAGCGAGUUAGAAAAGUGAAAAACUUGGGACUCGAUGUCGGCUUAGACUUUCACGGUAGACUUCAUCGGCCCAUGGCCAAGCAGCUGAUCAAACUACUUGAGCCGGAGCGGCCUCUCUUCGUCGAGGAGCCAAUCCUCUCCGAGAAUGUGGAGGCCGUUAAGACUCUUUACGAUGGCACGAGUAUCCCGAUCGCCCUUGGGGAGCGAUUGUACAGCAGAUGGGAUGUUAAGCCAUUCCUAGAAGCGAGAUGUGUUGAUAUUCUCCAACCAGAUAUCAGCCACUGCGGUGGCAUUUCGGAGAUUAUGCGAAUAGCCCACAUGGCAGAAGCAUACGACAUAGCACUCGCACCACAUUGCCCGCUUGGACCCAUCGCCCUCGCAGCAAGUUUUCAAGUUGACGCCGUUGCGGCUAAUUUCGUGAUUCAAGAAAUGAGCAUCGGCAUCCAUUACAACAUGAAGGAAGGUGUGGACUUGCAUGCGUACACAAAAAGCUCGGAGGCCUUCGAUGUGGAAGGGGGGAUGGUCAAAGUGCUUGACAAACCUGGUCUCGGUAUUGAAAUUGAUGAGGAUGCUGUACGCAAAGCUGCUGUUGGAGCACCCGCAUGGACUCAGCCGUAUUUCAUAGACGAGGUGACGGGAGAACUUCGUGAGUGGUGAGAAUUUACAAGGUGAGAAACGGUUCUACGUUGCAUCGUUUUCCUUGGCACAUCGAAGACGGCGUGACGACUCUGUAGGGCAUUUACAGAGAUGAGGAGCAGGACUUUACCAGAACGAAUGACAUUCCCAAUCUACAUUUGCAAUAUUCCACGGCGGCAGAAUUCAUCCGCCCUUCUCUUUUCAGUCCGCACUCCCCAACCCUUCUACCUCUAGACUUGGACUCAUCAUCGUCAACGCUCUAGUCAGCCUUCCGAAAAGAACAGAGUCAGCGUGCAAAUCAGGAGGUGAUUGUUGAGUACUCGACGAGAAGUGCGACAUUGAAGGAGGCACCCAAUUACUCCGUUCUUGCAAAUCAGCGAUGAUCCCCAAUCCCUUCAAUUUUACAACAUUAAUGUCGGAACACAAACUGUG